ACCAUGAAUGGUUUUAAGUGGUUUAGCUGCGCUAUAACCCAUACAACCACAGCCUAUUUCCUCUCUCGCCCCGCGGAUCACGCGUCCCGUACCCCGCACCGCAGCAGCCGCUAGAGUGAGACAGAAACAGUUGUUCACUGUACUUGGGUUUCUGAACUGAGCAGUGUGUUCGUCGCUAGAACUAGAAAGUUGUAUACGUUUGAGUCAAACUGGUUGUAUUCUCGAAAUAUUAUAUCAAAUUACGCCGGUAUUUUCGGUUAAUUAGUGGAAAUAGUGAUAUUUUACGUAAAAACUGUUGUAAAGUUUUUAAGUGAUUGUCAGACCAAGUUGUCUGUCUGAACUGUUAACAAUGCUUUCUCAAAAUGCUGUCAAGUAUUUCAACAUCUGUCAAUAAUAGUGAUUCUGAAGAAGAGUUUGUUGCGCUUCGUUGUAAUGAUUGCUGCGUAAAUUUUACCAGUAAACAUUAUCUGUACGCGCACCUUUUUCACCACAUUAGACAACCCAUUAUUAUCCUGGAACGCAUUCAGUUGCCACCCUUAAAAAUCACUCUUAAAAGUAAGAGUGAUAACAGCUUUGAAAUCGUUAGUUCGCCACAGAGGCAGAGCCCAAAGCUCACUAAUUCAGAUACAGAAGACAAAUCACCGGCUUCCAAUCUGGCAGUGAUAAAAGAAGAAAUCGACAGCGAGGAUCUUCCCCAGUCUGAGCAUGCUCAAAAGCCUGUCGUGGAACAUGCUCAAAAGCCUGUCGUGGAGGAUGCUCAAAAGCCUGUCGUGCCGCCCUCUCCUACACAGACACCUGACCAAAUUCUGGCUGAUGACGACAUGAUCCUCGAGGAACCCGACUUUGCAGCUGUCGAGGAACUGAUUCGUGGUGCAACAUCUCCAACAGCUAGCGACAGUGGCUUUACUACGACCUCUACUACAACCACAGAUGGCAUACCUACUGGUAGUUCGAAUAGCGAAAGCAACACCUCCGAUUAUGGCAGUGUACCAGGAGCCGAACCAACACCUCCUCCGGAACCAACUCCGGUGGAAUAUCCCAAAAUCAGAAUUAAAACCACUGGCUUACUCAAAGAACCGUUAACCAUUACAGAGAUCACCGAUGAUAAUCCAAAUGGAGAUCCAAGUUACAAUCAAUCCUCUGAUUCAUCAAACCUUUGGUCUAAUUCCAACUUAGAAGAUCCUUUAAAGUUACCUGAUAACGAUGACAACAAUAUUAUGUCCUUAUUUAAUAACAAUGAACGAGCAAAAGACUUGGGUUUCCAUUCCAGUGAUAGUGAAUUUAUUUCUCUGGAUAGGCUGGAAGAUAGAAAUAGAGGGGCUAUGCAAUUGUACAACCCAUCCAACAACCAAAAUCAAAGCACACUAGACACUUUGACUGGUUUGCCUAUGCAAGCUUUGGCUCAGCAGGUAUCUCGGCUACAAUCAUCCUCUUCUUCAAACGGACUACACCAGCAAAACGUUUUAAUAAAUAUACAGCAGUUCCCAUCUGGUCCGCCGCAGCCAUCUUAUCAACCACCUCCAAUGUAUCCAUAUCCUCCCCAGCCGAUGCAACCAUAUCAAUACCAGCCAUCUUAUAGGCCCCCAAACCCGAUGUAUUAUCCACCGGGGCCACCAGGUUAUCCCCCUCAACACAUGCCGCCCCCACCUCAGCCCCAGUUGACCCAAUUAGGACAGCCGCCUAUGAAUCAACAGCAGAUGAACCAACCUCCCAUGAGUCAACCUCAAAUGAACCAUAAUCAAAUGCCACCUUCGUCGCAGCCCCAAAACAUGAAUCAGCAGAUGCAGCAACAGCCGACCCCUUACAGACAGCCCAUGCCACCUAGACAGCCGGCUCCAAGGCCACCCCAGCCUGGUAAUAGAAUGCCGAACCCACCAAGACCUCCCAUGGCCCAACGUCAGCCUGUCUCAAGACCGAGAGCCCCCAUGGUAAGGCCACGAAGUGCAACUGGAAUGACAGCGGUGAGAUCUGUGAGGCCGCGAAUGGCAACUCCUCAGAAUAAUAUUCGACCUCAAAAUUCCCCAGUAAAACGAACUCCAGAACAGAGUCAACAGAUGCAGACGAAGAAAAAGAAGUUCGAUUUGCUCACGCCCGAUAAGGACGACGAUGACUGUCAAGUGAUUUGUAUGCAGCCUAAAAAUACAGACGGGGGAUUACCACAAAUCGAGAGCGUAUUGGGCGGUACAUCUGAAACAGCCGAAAGCAGUAUUAUGCACCUUUCAGAUUCAAUAACUCUGAGCGUGCGAAAUCCACCACCCAAACCGGCGGAAAGUCCCAAAAAAUCAGAUGCCAAAGCCGUAGCCAACAUUUUAGCGACGAGAGGGAUAACUGUCACCGCUACAGCCAAACCGAAGGAAACCGUCAAAGAGUCUCCGAGCAAAGCAGCCUCACCUAUCCCUACACCGAUUAAUUUAAAUGGCGCAGUCAGUAUUAUCCCAGCAGCGAAAACAAAUGGAAAUCAGAAAUCUGGAGUGACGGAAUCCUUACCAACAGUAGACCUCACGGACGACUCACCAACACCUCCAGCUUCAUCGCCCCAGAAACAACGGCCAGGCCUGCCUUUCCGGUGCGACCUAUGCCCUGCUCAAUAUCCCAAUUCGGUCGGCCUCAACAAACACAGACAAACCUAUCACAAAACCACAAGCGGCAUGGCGGAAUUGGGGAUACCAGUCAUCAACCUAAAAACGCCCGGUGUCAUGCAAAAGCUAUCAAAUCUGGGUAUAUGCAAUUAUAUUCCUUUACCGUCCCAAAAUACGGCGGAUGGGACGUUUGCGGUACCUAUUAUUAACAGCAGGAACCCAGCUAACCUCUCAAGUAUAGGUUCGACGACGAUGAUUUCUCUAGGACCUAUCAGGAGUAUACCGAAGCCCCAAAAUAAUGUUAAUAAACAACUGAAUAGUCCGCAAAAGUCGUAAUUUUGUAUUGAAUCCUUGAAUAGAGAUCAGUAACUGAUCUCCCAUUAUAAUUCCCUGGUGAACAGGUAAAAAAGUGUGUUAUAAUCCAGUUAAAAAUAUUAGUUUUUCAAUUUCGUGAAACUGGUAAUAAUACGUAGAAUUUUUUUUACUUGUAAUAUGACCGUGUCACAUUGUGUAACUAUACCAGUAUUCCAAUAUUCAUAAAGUAUGGUUCACAUAUGCUGGGCUGUGCAUGAUAUAAAUGACAGAGUUAUUAAAUUUUGAAAAUGUUCCAUAUGGUUUAUGAAUAUAAUAUAUUCACUUUGUAAGUGAACAAAUGUUGAUAUCAUAAUAUACAGGGUGUAACAAAAUACAGGUCAUAAAUGAAAUCACAUAUUCUGGGACCAAAAAUAAGUUCAAUUGAACCUAACUUACUUUAGCACAAAUAUGCUCAUAAAAAAAGUUACAGCCCUUUGAAGUUACAAAAUGAAAAUCGAUUUUUUCGAAUAUAUCGAAAACUAUUGGAGAUUUUUUAUUGAAAAUGGACAUGUAGCAUUCUUAUGGCAGGAUUAUCUUAAAGAAAAAUUAUAGUGAAAUUUGUGCAUCCCAUAAAAAUUUUAUGGGGGUUUUGUUCCCUUAAACCCCCCCUAACUUUUGUCUACAUUUCAAUUAAAUUAUUUUUGUGGUACCAUUAGUUAAAUUCAAUAUUUUUAAAACUUUUUUUGCUCUUAGUAUUUUUUCGAUAAGGCAGUUUUUAUCGAGUUACGGCUUCUUUUUUAAUAUGUUUACAUAAAGAUUUUAUGGGGGUUUUGUUCCAUUAAACCCCCCAAAUGGUUGUGUACGUUCCAAUUAAACUAUUACUGCGAUAACAUUAGUUAAACAAGGUGUUUUUAAAACUUUUUUGAUUCUGUGUAUUUUUUCCAGAAGGCACCUUUUAUCGAGGUGUGGCUUCUUUUUUUAAUAUGGUUCAAAAUAUACCUAAAAAUGUAAAUCAUAAAUAAAUUUUCAUAUUAUUACCAAGUCUCCAUAAUCGUACUUAACCAUAUACAAAUAUGUGGUGGAUUUGAAAAAUAUUCAAAAUAUCUUGAUAAAAACUGACUUUUAGAAAAAGUACUAAGAGGCAAAAAAGUUUUUAAAACAUUGUGUUUAACUAAUAGUACUACAAUAAAAAUUAAAUUGGAACGUAGACAAAAGUUUGAGGGGGUUUAAAGGAACAAAACCCCCAUAAAUUUUUUAUGGGGUGUGUAAAUUUCACUAUAAUUUUUUCUUAAGAUACUGCUGCCAUAAGAAUGCCACAUGUCUAUUUUCAAUAAAAAAAUCUCUAAUAGUUUUCGAUAUAUUGGAAAAAAUUGAUUUUCAUUUUGUAACUUCAAAAGGCUGUAACUUUUUUUUUGUGCACAUUUGUACUAAGGUAAGUUAAGUUCAAUCGAACUAUUUUUGGUCCAAAAUAUGUGAUUAAAUUUAUGACCUGUAUUUUCGUUACACCCUGUAUAUCACUUACAAAGUACAAACAUUUUCCCAAAGAAAAGUUUCCCUAUUUAUUUUAUUUCAAAUUCAAAAUCAUCCAAUUGAAAGCAUUUAAAUAAUAUAAAAAAACUUAAAAGUUGGUAUUUUGAACUAUACAGGGAAUAAUUUAUUUUUUAUUGUGACUCUUCAUUGUUUGGAUCACUAUUACACCUCUUUUACCACCACUGACCCCAGUUCCGAUAUCCUACUAUUUAUCCAGUGAUUCUCCCGUUUAGGUUAUUAUUCUUCUUCCAUCGUCGUAUUUAUUUUGUAAGCACAGUAUAUUCUAGGCUUAUGCACCUCAGCUCCUCUGCCGGCAGAAAUAAUUUAGUUUGAAUACUUACGUGCCAUGGACGCACUUACGCGUCCAUUGCACUGACCUAGUCAUGUGCUGAAAAGGUUAAUUAUGUAUGUGGCGACACGCUUUAAUUACUAUUUUUGCUAAUUUUAAUUUUUAAUAACUUUUCUCAAAACGAAAUAAUAUGGGUCAUAUAAAAUUCACAUUUAAUAUACAAACCAGAGGCUAAUAAGGGUCCGUUAAGUUUUACGAAACGAAAUGUAUCCCUAACCAGAUGUUUUUGGUGUGUUCAGUUUAACAAACUGAAUUCCCCAUAAAUUUAUUACCUUAUCAGACCGUAUAUCGAUAACUCACUUUUGAAAUGCAUUCGAAGACGUUUCUUAAAACUGCAGAAAUGUUUCAACUUUUAAAGCCAAAUCUAAAUAAUUUGUCGCCUUUCUGGCCAGAUGGUAGAAACACAAACAUAUUAGCGUUUGUGGUUUUUUUCAGCCACAGCAGCAGUCGAUACAUAACCUCCCGUCGGCAGUCACACCCCAGCGGGCGUCGGGAUAGGUCAACAACACACCCUUUCGAGAUAUAAGUAAAACACGUCUUUUUACCGACACAAAUAAAUACAUUUACUCAAUUCCGCACCACGGUACAUGUAUACUACUGUCGUUUUACGUUUUACUUUUUUGUAUUCUCAUGCAUCCAAACAAAUAUCUACAUAUUUUGCAUAUUGUGAUUUGCCCGACAUUCGCAAAAAUUUGUUACUCAUCUUCAUUUUUCGUACUACUAAGACAAGUUUUUACUUCUUGCACAUUUGAAAAUAUAAUAAGAUUUGCCCGUUUAUACGACGUUAGCUAUUUUCCUUAUUCUAUUUUGUGUUUCCAUUUCUUCUCGUUUAAUGUCUGUGUUUUCUUAGAAAGAAAAGCGAGACAAGCAAAACAUUAUUUACAUUUUACUGCCAGUUAAGUCAUCCAGUUCUACUUUAGUCUUCCUAUACAAGACAAUUCGAAUCCCAGUAGUAGCGUAAGGAUAUGGAAAUUCAAAAACUUUCACUGCAAAUCCAAUCUGGAACCACUUUAUUGGAAGUCGUUAUUUUAUUUCAUAUAUUAUUACUUCUUAAUUGAAGCCUAACAGUGAGCGACAUACAUAUCGACAAUUUAUCCAACUUUGCAAUUUAAUCUGCUUUGAUUGCAUUGAAUGUCCUUAAAUGUCACAUAGCGCAGCAUUGAUUCAACAGUGCUGUUGACAUAGUUGUCAUCUCUCUCAAUGUAUCCCCAGGAGUCUAUUCAGUGUUUUCCAUCUUUGCCAGUCAAGUUGUGCAUCUGGCGUGAUGCCGUAAAAUCUCUCUGAAUUUACUAAAGCUAGUUUUUUCAAAGUUGAUUACUGUGAUUGUGUAGAGAAACAUACUGCGGUCGGUAAAGCGAAACGUAGAACAGGUGGUACUGACAGCUUGUCAAAGUUGCUUACCUGCGGAGGUAAUUAAAUCCAUUUACUAAGGCCGAAAAUCAGUACACACAUUCUAAAUUGAAUAUAAAUAAAAGUUAUUAUAGUCGGUCAGCUGUAUGACGGGACAGAGCCGGUCGGUCGGCCCCAAUGAAUGUACAGGGUUAUUCAUUAUAUUUUGACCCCCCUCUAAAACUGCUUUAUUUACAGAAUUAGAAACAAAUGUAAAAUACAAAAGUUUUUAAUUAAGAUUUUUUGACAUAUAUAUCGUACUAGUGACGUCAUCCAUCUGGGCGUGAUGACGUAAUCGACUAUUUUUUAAAUGAGAAUAGGGGUCGUGUGCUAGCUCAUUUGAAAGGUGAUUCAAUUCUCUAAGCAGUAAUAUAAACAUUAACAUGAUUGUUUUUACAGGGUGUCCAAAAAAAUUUUUGAAUUAUUAAUUAAACAAUUUAUUUAAUUAAUUUUUUUUGGACACCCUGUAUAAAAAUCAUGUUAAUGUUUAUAUUACUGAAUAGGGAAUUGAAUAACCUUUCAAAUGAGCUAGCACACGACCCCUAUUCUCAUUUAAAAAAAUAGUCGAUUACGUCAUCACGCCCAGAUGGAUGACGUCACUAGUACGAUAUAUAUGUCAAAAAAUCAUAAUUUAAAAAUUAAAUAAGUUUUGAAUGUUACAUUUUUUUCUAAUUCUGUAAAUAAAGCAGUUUAGAGGGGGGUCAAAAUAUAGUGAAUAACCCUGUACAUUCAUUGGGGCCGACCGACCGGCUCUGUCCCGUCAUACAGCUGACCGACUAUAAUAACUUUUAUUUAUAUUCAAUUUAGAAUGUGUGUACUGAUUUUCAGCCUUAGUAAAUAGAUUUAAUUACCUCCGCAGGUAAGCAACUUUGACAAGCUGUCAGUACCACCUGUUCUACGUUUCGCUUUACCGACCGCAGUAUGUUUCUCUACAGAAUCACAGUAAUCAACUGUGAAAUAACUAGAGUAAAUUUAGAGAACUUUUUCAGCGCUGCCUCUUGGACUAUGAGUACUUCUGAAGAAUUUGUGAUCUUAAUACCUGGGGGAGCGAUGUUUGACAAUGAGUAAAGGUGUUUAAUUUUUGCUGGCUUCAGGCAGCCGACAAUCAGUCGGAAUGUCUCGUUUAUUACACUGUCUCUUUUACAAGUGUAUUUUGAUCGCUCCCCAACAGAGCAGGCAUAUUCUGCUGUUGACAGGCAGAGCGCUAGCGCUGUUAUACGUAGCACACUUGGCAUAGCUCCCAAUCUAGACGAUGUUAGUCUUUGUAGCACAUUAAUUCUAGCUUGGGUCUUGCUUUAGUAUUUUCAAUGUGCAGCUUAUAGCUCAAUAGCGUCACUCUGAGAUACUUGCGGAAUGAACAAUGUGACUAAACUCUAUUGAACGUUGUUUUUCGUAGCUUCCGAUGGAAAAGGGUAAUGUUAUGUUUUUUGUGCAUUUGGGUGGAGCUAAUUUCCCCUGUAGUAUGUUGACAACUAUUCAACCUCGUCCGUAAGAUGUUCUUCUGUGUUAGAAUACUAAAUUAAUAGGCGGUUACCAGAUCAUGAGCAUAAAUAAACGUUUUUGACGCAUUACGGAUCUGCUGCUCAUUAGUGUAUAAGUUGAAGAGUACUGGCGAGAGUAUCCCCCUUGUGGUACUCCGUUUUUUUAGGCACGGCACUUACUUGUUAAGAUUUUUUAUUAUUUAAGAGAUGUGUUCCAUUUGAAAUUUAACAUUGAUUUACAGUGUUGUGCAUCAUUGUAUAACACACAUUUAAUUUAUAGACCUUAGCUCAAAAGAUACAAGAAGUAGAGUAACACAGUGUGACACAUAUAUAACUUAUUAAACCGAAUCAGUUGACUUGAUUUGUUAAUAUUUUUUAUUACAUUUUGUGAUUUAUAUUUUUAAGUUCGUUCAAAGAAGCGUUAUAUAUUUUCAUUCUUAUGCAAAUUGUCCUUAGUACUGAAGAAUUCCUUCUAAUUUUUGUGUUCUAUGAAUGCUUUUUGUAUAUAUUGUACAGUACGUUUGGUAAGUUAGUUAGAUAUAUUUUUAAUGAGCAGUACAGUUUUUAAAAAACCUAAAAAUGUUUUUGAUGUAAUUAAUCUUGUUAAUGAGACUAUAACUGUAUGUAACUUCACGUAUCUACUUCACUUAACCUAACCUAUAAAGACGUAUGACACAUGUCAUUGAAUUGUCCAAAACAUAUAUCAUAAAGACAUUCCCAUUGCUGUUGUAACAGUAUUAGACGGAGAGGCAGCGCCGAAACAUCUCUCUGAAUUUACUAAAGCUAGUUUUUUCACGGUUGAUUACCGUGAUUGUGUAGAGAGACAUACUGCGGUCGGUCAACCGAAAUGUAGAACAGGUGGUACUGGCAGCUUGUCAAAAUUGCUAACCUGUGGAGGUAAUUAAAUCCAUUUACUAAGGCUGAAAAUCAGUACACACAUUCUAAAUUGAAUAUAAAUAAAAGUUAUUAUAGUCGGUCAGCUGUAUGACAGGACAGAGCCGGUCGGUCGGCCCCAAUGCAUGUACAGGGUUAUUCACUAUAUUUUGACCCCCUUGUAAACUGCUUUAUUUACAGAAUUAGAAAAAAAUGUAAAAUACAAAAGUUAUUCGAUUUUUUAAUUAUGAUUUUCUGACAUAUAUAUCGUAUAUAGUGACGUCAUCCAUCUGAGUGUGAUGAUGUAAUCGAGUAUUUUUUUUUAAUGAGAAUAGGGGUCUUGUGCUAGCUCAUUUGAAAGGUUGUUCAAUUCUCUAUGCAGUAUAUAUAAACAUUAAGACCAUUAUUUAUACAGGGUGUCCAAAAAUUUUUUUUUAAUUAAUUAAACAAUUAAUUCUAUUAAAAAAUUUUUUUGGACACCCUGUAUAAACAAUCAUGUUAAUGUUUAUAUUACUGAAUAGGGAAUUCAAUAACCUUUCAAAUGAGCUAGCACACGAUCCCCUAUUCUAAUUAAAAAAAUAGUCGAUUACGUCAUCACGCUCAGAUGGAUGACGUCACUAGUACGAUAUAUAUUUCAAAACAUUAUAAUUUAAAAAUUAAAUAAGUUUUGUAUUUUACAUUUUUCUCUAAUUCUGUAAAUAAAGCAGUUUAGAGUGGGGUCAAAAUAUAGUGAAUAACCCUGUACAUUUAUUUUGGCCGACCGACCGGCUCUGUCCCAUCAUACAGCUGACCGACUAUAAUAACUUUUAUUUAUAUUCAAUUUAGAAUGUGUACUGAUUUUCAGCCUUAGUAAAUGGAUUUAAUUACCUCCGCAGGUAAGCAACUUUGACAAGCUGUCAGUACCACCUGUUCUACCUGUUUCGCUUGAUCGACCGCAGUAUGUUUCUAUACACAAUCACAGUAAUCAACUGUGAAAUAACUAGCUUUAGUAAAUUCAGAGAAAUUUUUCAGCGCUGCCUCUUGGACUAUAUGUUACCCUGUAAUUUUGAGGUUGUGAUGGAAGACUAUUAAAAAUUGUCGCUGUAUGUGUUACUAAUGUUUAAAAACUAAAAUAAAAGACCUAUUGCUCGAGAAACAAUUCAAUAUUGAUCAAAACACCAUCCAGUAUUAAAUGUUUUUCAAUAUUUAUGGUGUCAUUUCGAAUAAGUAUACAAUCUCAUUAACAUGAUUAAAGAAGAGUUUCUUUAAUUAAGUUUAUAGAAUUUUUCUAUUCUUAGAGACUGAUAUGUGCAAUCUCUGCAGCCUACUUUAGUUAUUUUUGUAUCAUUUUUCGUUAAAUAAAUAUUUAUAAACAUUUAUGAUUUCGUGUAAAAAUAUGGAAUAAAAUAUUUUACCAUG